ACAGCAGUUGCACAACUUGUUAAUGUAUCUAUCAUCUUUCUUUGGUAUGGAUUGCUGGAAAGGGAGAGUUGCUCUUGUCACUGGUGCUUCAGUGGGAAUAGGGGCAGCAAUAGCAAAAUCUCUCGCCCACCAUGGCAUGAAAGUGGUCGGCUGUGCCAGAAACGUGCAACAAAUCGAGAAAUUAGCAUCAGAAUGCGUCCGUAAUGGAUUCAGUGGCACUCUGAUUCCAUACAAAUGCGAUCUGUCUAUAGAGGAGGAGAUUUUGUCCAUGUUUGCCUGGAUCAAAGAUCAACACCAUGGCGUUGACGUAUGCAUCAACAACGCUGGCUUGGCUUUCCCAGAGCCUCUGUUAUGUGGCAAAACCAGUGGCUGGAAGACUAUGAUGGAUGUGAAUGUGAUUGGACUGUCAGUGUGCACCCGUGAGGCUCACCAGUCUAUGAAAGAAAGAAAUGUUGAUGACGGCCAUAUCAUUAACAUUAACAGCAUAUGUGGACACCAAGUUAUGCCCAAUGCUGAUGGACACUUUUACACUGCUACCAAAUAUGCUGUGACUGCUCUCACAGAAGGUUUACGACAAGAGUUACGGGAGGCUAAGACCCACAUACGUGCCACAUGCAUAUCUCCUGGUUAUGUGGAGACUGAGUUUGCCUAUCGGCUUUAUGAACACGAGCCAGAAAAGGCUGCAGCUGCAUAUAAAAGUAUAAAGUGUCUGCAAGCUGAUGAUAUAGCCACUGCAGUGCUGUAUGUUUUAAGUGCUCCUCCACAUGUUCAGAUUGGUGACAUUCAGAUGAGGCCUGUGGAACAACUCACAUAACUGAAGCUAAUAAAAGUUCCAAUCAUUCAGAAUCAAACAUAUAUUCCUCCUUACAUAUACUGUAUAGGCUUACAGACAGAUUGGUGGCAAAAUCUGUUCUGAUUUCAAAACAAUUUCAAUUAAAUGUAAUUAUUUGUAAUAAA